AUGAAUCCAGCGCUCGCCGGAACCCCGAUCUUUUUCAGCACGCAGCAGUUCACAUCCUGCCCGGUUGCUGCCGCGUAUCGCGAAUUGCAGCGUCUGCUGCGCACUUCCCCCGACGGCACAAUGUUCGCACAAAGAACAGGGAGGCGGGCUCUAGAAAGGGUCAUUGCCUCCUCUUCCGCUCCCUCAACAACCACACUACCCGGCUUUCUCGUCCCGGCCUUCCAGACAACCUCACCUGCACCCUCCUCCCGACGAGAUUUCUCGGCGACGACACACCGGUCCUCCAAGCUCGGGAGGACGCCCAUUUCGAUCCCGCCCGGCGUGGAGAUUAGCGUCAGCGAACCAUGGAUCAAGAAGGACAUGACCGAUUGGCGACGGAUUCCUAGGAGGACGGUGACGGUGUCGGGGCCGUUGGGCAGCCUUGACCUCGAGAUACCCGAAUACAUGAGCGUCGAGCACGAUAGCGAGGCGAGGAGGGUAGUGAUGAGCGUGCGAGACCGUGAGGAGAAGGAACAGAGAGAGAUGUGGGGAACGAAGUGGUCAUACCUCAACAAUCACAUUAUGGGUGUAUCCGAGGGACACACGGCCGUCCUACGACUAGUGGGUAUUGGUUUCAGAGCGACGGUUGAGCCGCGGCCGGCAUUGGAAGAGUACCCCGGUCAGCAGUUUGUCUGUCUGAAGCUGGGUUUCUCGCACCCGGUCGAGCUGGGCCUUCCUAAAGGUAUGAAGGCUAGCGCCCCGCAGCCGACGAGAGUGCUGCUCGAGGGUAUCGACAAACACCAGAUCAUGCAGUUUGCGGCCAAUAUUCGCAAGUGGAGGCCGCCAGAGCCCUACAAAGGCAAGGGAAUCUUCAUUAACGACCAAACGAUCAAGCUGAAGCAGAAGAAGAUCAAAUAGAGGCUUCGCGGGGCCUUUGUAAACAUAGUAGAGCUACUUUUUUGCCGCUGUACGCUUUUUUUCCUGUACCAAUGCCAUAAACGUGUACAAUACUGGGGCGCUUCAUCGCGAAUAGUGUCUAUUUCAGACCCAAAACCUGUUGAACG